GAGCAGAGCAGGUAAAAAUAUGUGAAGAGAAGGUCAAUGGCGUGGGUGUGGGCCCCCGCAGAGCGAGCGAGACACGCAGGUGGUAUAGUUACUGGAAUGCCCCCCGCCGCGCAAGCAUCUCUCGAAUCGAACAAGAGAGAGAGGAGAGGAGACAAGAAGAGACUGGAACGCCGGUGGUGGUGCGUCACCUGUGACCUCAUGCCGCAGCCCUCCACGGCGCCGUUGCCGGUCGUCGAUGCCCCUCCCUCCAGCGGGGUCGACGGGAGGUCGUCGUCGCCCGAGGUCAUCCUCGACUCCGGCGCCGCCAUGCACGUCACGGGCUGCGGGGAGCUGCUCUCCGGGCCGACGACGAGGCCCGCGCCCCAAGGAAGCAGGUCGUUCCGCACGCGCGGCGGCGAGGUCAUGGACGCCGUCGCCGUCGGGUCCGUGGCCACGCGGCGGUUCCUCGUGCAUCAGGUCUAUCAGGUCCCUGGGCUGCCGCUGGGCCGGGGGCAGCGCGCCGUCGUCGUCCUGUCCGUGCGCCAGCUCACGCGGCUGGGCCUCGCCGUCACCUUCGGCUGCGAGGCCUGUGACGUCAGGGACCGCGGCACCGGCGCCCUCGUCGGGGAGGGCCACCUGCGGGAGGAGGAUGGCUUCUACUACCUUGAUUACCUCAGGGUCCCUCUCCCUUAAAGCUAGCUGAGCCCUUUUUGCCUCGCCUCGCCUCGCCUCCAUGGUCGCUGGCGUCUGCCAGCAGCCAGCAGGGGAAGGCCAUUCUCUGAGGAAAAAAAAAAAUAUUGUUGGCUGAUUUCUUGCGAGAGAAAAGUUCCAUGGAGAAAAGUUCCUUGGCUAGCUUCUUAUGAGAGAAAACUUCCUUGGCUAGCUAUGCAUGCAGUAGAAUGGGUGAUGUUUAGAGAUGGGGGUGGUGUUUCAAAUGGAUAUCCGCGGUUCUUCUCUAGUGUAAUUUAAUGAACUAAAUGAAAAAAAAUGAGAGAAGAAAUUAUUAGUUCGUUAAGUUGGACUAGAUAAGAACCGUGGGUAUGCAUUUGGAGCACCAUUCCCAUCCUUAGUGAUGUUAUAUUUGUUUGGUGUCGUAUUUCCUUCCCGAUUCCCAAUUUGUUCACCCCUUGCAAAUAAGCACGCUUGUAUCGGUGUUGAUUACUUUAGGAUAUGUCUAAUACAGGUUAGAUUCUCAUGCUUGAGAGUUUGAUUUCUUCCUCUAGACUAGAUUAAUGUUAAACCCUUUAGCUAAUUAACACUAUCGGAGUUC